AUGAAGGCUUCGAGUGAAAAUCUCAAUAUUAGUAGCACAACCAAUGCGGUAAUAACAAAUGAUCAAGAACUUGUUGGGGAAUGUGGUAAUCCAAGUCAACUCCAAGAAUCGUGUAUGAUUCCAGAAAAUGUGACAGGGAUCAUGUUGGGAAAGCAAAAAUUGAGGCUGGAACUUCUUACACGAAAGGAGUCUGACUCAAAGAAGAGAGGCAAAGAGGAAGUUCAAAUGCCAUUAAAGAAGACUAAAAAUAAUAUAAAGAAAAAGAAGAGGGUACCUCUUGUUCCGAUUCCAAGGUCAUAUUCAUACUUGUUACCCUUUUUCUUCAAAAGUCAGCUCUUAACGCCUAUUCCUCCAAGGCCUUACACUUAUUUGCAUCCAGAUUGGCAAGAUAGAAAAACUAAGCUCCCAAGAAGCUCAAAACUUGUUGUUGAAGGGAGAUCUGCAAACCAAUGUCUCUUCCAAGACGUUAGUCAAAAGUUAAACCAUCAAAAUGAACAUCUCGAUGAUCAUUCACAAGGUCUUCAAGAUGGUCAUAAUAAUGACAUGGAGAAAUAUAAUGAAAAAGUUUCUUGUGAAUAUUACGUCGGAGCCCGAGGACACUCUAUCGAUAAUUGCAACAACUUCAAGCGACAAGUCCAAGAUAUUUUGGCUCAUGGGGUUAUAGAGGUGGAUGUUAACAAUCAGUCUAUUUUGGUCAGACAAUUGGGAGUUAGUGCUCAGAAUAGAGUUGAUGGGGUCGAAACGAGUGAAGUGCAUACAAAAGAGAGCGUAAAAAGGAAAAGAGCAAAAUCAAGGAAUGUGAGAAGAAACAUGUGUGGUUUUAAUGAGACCAGCUUGAAUCUUCUCCCUGAUGAAGUGGUAAUCGAUUUCUAUGUGUUUAGUGUGCUCAUGAAAAACAAGAUCAAGAGCUUAGAAGAACGAAUGAAAUCCGUGGAAAUAACUGAAUCAUUCUAUGGAUUUGAUGCUAGUGAGUUGAGUUUAGUUCCAGACCUAAUCCUCCCUAUCAAGUUCAAAGCUCCCGAAUUUGAUAAAUAUAACGGUACUACAUGCCCUUCAUCUCACAUCACUAUGUUUUGUCGACGAAUGGCAGGAUAUGUAAAGGACGAGAAAUUGUUAAUUCACUGCUUUCAGGAUAGUUUGACAGGACCGGCUUUAAAAUGGUAUACUCAAUUGACCAAAGCCAAUAUUAGAUCUUGGAAAGAUUUGGCUAAAGCAUUUCUAGAGCAGUACCGCCAUGUGACAGACAUGGUCCCUGAUAGAUGGACUCUCCAGAAUUUGGAGAAAAAGAAUAAUGAAACAUUCAGACAGUAUGCCCAGAGAUGGCGUGACACUGCAGCCCAAGUUCAACCACCUUUGUCAGAAAAAGAGGCCACAGUAAUGUUUGUCCAUACAUUGAAGGCCCCUUAUUUAAAUCAUCUAAUGGGGAAUGCAACCAGAAAUUUUGCAGAUUUGGUCAUUUCUGGAGAAUUAAUUGAAAAUGUUUUGAAAAGUGGCAAGAUUGAAUCGAAUGAUGGGUCUAGUUCCAAAAGAAGUGGGAGAUGUUACUCUCCCGAGACAUCCAAUGCUUCAGAACUAGUGAAAGCAAAAGGAAAAGCUGUGGCAAUACCUCAGAAGGUAUUUGAAGAUGAAUCCCUUCCAGCAUUCAAUGAACCUGUUACAGAAAAGCAAGCUCAAGAAUUUUUGAAGUUCUUGAAACAUAGUGAGUAUAGUGUGGUUGAACAACUACACAAACAACAGGCGAGAAUUUCUAUUCUUGAUCUUUUGAUGAAUUCAGAAGCGCAUAGGAAUGCUUUGAUGAAAAUCCUCAAUCAGACAUUUAUCCCCGAAGAUAUAUCCCUCAAUAAACUUGACAGAAUUGUGGGACAUAUAGCCGCCGACAAUUACAUAACCUUCACAGAUGAUGAAAUACCAGAAGGCGGAAUGGGGUCAGUAAAAGCUUUAAACAUCACGACACAUUGUCAUGGUCAUGUGUUGCCAGGAGUAUUGAUUGACAAUGGGUCUGCCCUCAAUUUGAUGCCUCUAGUUACACUUCAAAGAAUGCUUCUGGAUCAAUCACACAUGAAGAGUUAUCAGAAUGUGGUACGAGCAUUUGAUGGUACUAAAAAAGAAGUGCUUGGGAAAAUGGAAAUACCGUUAUUAAUUGGCCCAGUCGUGUACAAUAUUGACUUUGUGGUGAUGGACAUCCACCCCACAUAUAAUUGUCUAUUAGGGAGGCCAUGGAUUCACUCAGCAGGAGCCGUUCCUUCUUCAUUACAUCAGAAAUUGAAAUUUGUUGUUGAUGGACAACUAAUAUGCGUUAAUGCUGAAGAAGAAGAUGUUCCUACUGAACUAUUAAGAUUGGUAGAAAAAGAAGACAAACAAAUUCUACCCCACAAAGAAGAGGUUAAGACUGUGAAUUUGGGAACAGAUAAAGAAAUAAAAGAGGUGAAAAUUGGCACUACUCUGACAAUCCAGAUAAAGCAAGAAUUGAUAAAUCUCCUUCAAGAGUUCAAAGAUAUCUUUGCAUGGUCUUAUCAAGAUAUGCCCGGUUUGAGCACAGAUAUAGUGAUACACAAGCUUCCAAUCAAUCCGGAAUAUAAACCAAUCCAACAAAAGCUCAGACGAAUGAGGCCAGAAAUGUUGUUGCAAAUCAAAGAAGAAGUGAUGAAACAGAUCAAUGCAGGUUUCCUACAGGCAGCUAAAUACCCAGAAUGGGUAGCCAACAUUGUUCCCGUACCAAAAAAGAAUGGGAAAGUUCGAAUGUGCGUGGAUUACAGAGAUCUCAACAAAGCUAGCCCGAAAGAUAGCUUUCCCUUACCCCACAUAGACACAUUGGUGGACAAUACUGCAGGACAUGCAUGGUUUUCAUUUAUGGAUGGCUUUUCAGGAUAUAAUCAGAUAAAAAUGAAUCCUGAAGACAUGGAAAAGACGACAUUUAUAACCAUGUGGGGCACAUUCUGUUAUAAAGUGAUGCCAUUUGGAUUGAAAAAUGCAGGGGCAACAUAUCAAAGAGCCAUGGUAACUUUGUUUCAUGACAUGAUGCACAAAGAGAUUGAAGUAUAUGUAGAUGACAUGAUUGCCAAAUCCAGAACGGAAGAAGAACAUAUUCAAAAUCUGAGGAAGCUUUUCCAGAGAUUGAGGAAGUAUCAAUUAAAGCUCAACCCCGCAAAAUGCACUUUUGGGGUAACUUCCGGGAAGCUUUUGGGAUUUGUAGUCAGCAAAAAAGGAAUCGAGAUUGAUCCAGAUAAAGUCAAAGCAAUUCAAGAUCUUCCACCACCCAAUACAAAAAAAGAAGUUAGAGGCUUUUUGGGGAGAUUAAAUUAUAUAUCUCGGUUCAUUUCUCAAUUGACUGACAAAUGUGAUCCAGUGUUCAAAUUACUUCGAAAGAAUAAUCCUGAAGUCUGGAAUGAAGAAUGUCAAGAAACUUUGGAUAUUAUUAAGAAAUAUUUAUCCAAUGCCCCAAUUUUAGUAUCACCAAUGCCUGAUAGACCAUUAAUUCUCUAUUUGACGGUCUUCGAAAAUUCGAUGGGAUGUGUACUAGGACAGCAUGAUGAAUCAGGAAGGAAAGAAAAAGCUAUUUAUUAUCUGAGCAAGAAAUUUACUGAUUGUGAAGUUCGAUAUCCACCAAUACAAAAAUUAUGUUGUGCUUUGGUGUGGACUACUCGAAGACUCAGACAAUAUAUGUUAUACCAUACUACUUGGUUGAUAUCAAAACUUGAUCCUUUGAAGUUCUUAAUGGAAUCACCAGCUUUGACAGGCAGAAUGGCUAGAUGGCAGAUGUUAUUAUCUGAGUUUGAUAUUGUAUAUGUCAACCAAAAAGCGAUAAAAGGAAGUAUCAUAGCUGAUUUCCUGGCCAGUCGUGCAUCAAAUGAUUAUCAGCCUUUGAACUUUAAUUUUCCCGAUGAAGAUCUGUUAUGCAUAUCCAUGAAUGAAGAAGUCAAAACAAAUGAUGCAUUCGCAACUUGGAAGCUUUACUUUGACGGAGCAUCUAAUGCUUUGGGACGAGGAAUCGGGGCAGUGUUAAUUUCUCCUGAUAAUGUUUAUUAUCCAUUUACAAGUAGACUGGAGUUCUUUUGCACCAAUAACAUGGCGGAAUAUGAAGCUUGUGUCAUGGGAUUAAAAGCAGCUAUAGAAAGAAAAAUCAAAUGUCUCAAGAUAUAUGGAGAUUCAUCGUUAGUAGUGUAUCAAUUGCGAGGAGAAUGGGAAACAAAAGAUCCUAAAUUGUUGGAAUACCGAAAUUUUACCCUCGAAUUAGUGAAAGAAUUUGAGAAAGUUACAUUCAAUUAUCUCCCUCGAGAAGAAAAUCAAAUGGCAGAUGCUUUGGCUACAUUAGCUGCUAUGUUUCAGGCAACUAAGAAAGUUGAUAUGAUGCCAAUCAAAAUGCAAGUAUAUGAAAUUCCUGCACAUUGUUAUAGUGUGGAAGAAGAGGUAGAUGGUAAACCAUGGUAUCAUGAUAUCCUGCAAUAUAUCAAAAAUCAAAGUUAUCCACCAAAUUCAUCGGAAAUUGAUAAAAGAACCUUGAGAAGAAUGGCUGCUGGAUAUUUUCUUGAUGGAGAGAUUAUGUAUAGAAGAAGCAGUGAUCAAAUGCUGUUGAGAUGUUUAAAUACCAGCGAAGCUCGAAAUGUCAUUGAAGAAGUACACAGUGGAAUAUGUGGAACACAUGCAAAUGGUCUUUCUAUGGCCAGAAAAAUAAUGAGAUAUGGAUACUAUUGGGCUACCAUGUACACAGAUUGCAUUGAUUAUGCAAGGAAAUGUCAUAAAUGCCAGAUAUAUGCAGACAAGAUUCAUGUACCCCCAUCUCCUUUACAUGUAAUGACAGCACCCUGGCCAUUUUCUAUGUGGGGAAUAGAUGUCAUUGGGGCAAUCACACCAAAAGCAUCGAAUGGACAUUGCUUCAUUCUUGUGGCAAUUGAUUAUUUUACCAAAUGGGUUGAAGCUGCUUCAUAUUCCAAUAUUAAGAGGUCCACAGUCUGCAAAUUCAUAAAGAAAGAGAUAGUUUGCCGAUAUGGCCUACCAGAGAGGAUCAUUACAGAUAAUGCUCUGAACCUGAACAACAAAAUGAUGACCGAACUUUGUACACAGUUCAAGAUCAAACAUGCAAAUUCAGUGGCAUAUCGUCCAAAGAUGAAUGGGGCAGUUGAAGCAGCAAAUAAGAAUAUCAAGAAAAUCAUUACAAAGACUACUGAAACCUACAAAGAUUGGCACGAGAAGUUACCUUUUGCUCUAUAUGCAUACCGAACUACUGUUCGAACAUCUACUGGGGCAACACCGUUUUCUUUAGUCUACGGGAUGGAAGCAGUCUUACCAAUUGAAGUUGAGAUUCCAUCGCUCCGAAUAUUGAGAGAAAUAAAACUGGAUGAAUCUGAAUGGAUCCAAGCUAGGGUUGAUCAAUUGAACCUUAUUGAGGAGAAAAGAUUGAAAGCUAUUUGCCAUGGACAGAUGUAUCAAAAACGGAUGAUGAAGUCUCAUGAUAAGAAAGUACAUCCAAGAGAAUUCCAAGAGGGUGAUCUAGUACUAAAAAAGAUCUUGCCUAUACAUAAAGAUUUCCGUGGGAAAUGGAUGCCUAAUUGGGAAGGGCCAUACGUUGUGAAAAAGGCCUUUUCCGGAGGAGCAUUGAUCUUGGCAGAAAUGGAUGGAAAAAUUCUGAAAAAUCCAAUAAACUCAGAUUCUGUCAAGAAAUAUUAUGCUUGA